CGACACUGGUAGCCGCCAAUUUUUACAACUCCAGGAAACGUUGCUUCCCUCCGCCCUGUCCGAAACUUCGCAGGCUGCAACUCAAGAGCAAAACUUAAAACAACUUAAAACAAGGAGAAACAACUUCGUUUCCUCGUUUUCUGCGGCUUCCUGCAUUGUGCAAGCCUAGGGGUUCACUGUCUUGUGGAAACGUACAAAAUGGGUGGAUUCGGUAACUAGCUAAGGAAAAAACGAAAGAGGAUGGAACAAAGUGGAAGCCAAAGUUAACGGUGACCCUUUCCUGAUUGAGAGCCUGCAGAAGAUCCAUGAAAGAUACACUGAGAAUUGCACAUUGUCCACCCCAACUGAGAACGUCAAAGGCGUCCAUCUUCGUAUUGAAUUAGCAGCCUAUGGAUAAACCAUGCCACUUUGGACCUUCUCUGAGACCAUUUUUCUGGGCUGUUAUUUGUUCCCUCACUCUCCUUUGGAUGGAAGCCUUCAAUGAAGCCUCCACAUGACCUAUCUUCUUCCAGGUUUAUCCUCCGGGUCUUUGCAGAAACUCUGAUGAAAAGGCCCCAAUGAAUGGUCUUGCUUAUUUUACUUGUUUUGCAUUAAGGAAGUUAUCCCACAACCGUUCACGCCCUUAGCUUCCCUUCCUGGGAAUGCAGGAAUGGCUGGGAGAGGAAGCCAUGGCUUUGGAGAGCAGCCCUACAAGGAGAAGGAGGAGUCAGAAGAAGGUGUUGAAGUUGAGGGGAGAAGGGAUGGAGACCUUCACCUUGGAGAAAGCAGCCUGCCAGGGAAUUUGGACUGCUGGACCUUGUCUUCUUCCCAGGAGAUCCUGGAAGAUGAAGAACUUUUGGGGGAACUUUUGGAAGAAGGCGAACAAGGUUUUGAUCUCGGUGAACUUCAAGAUCUUGAACGUGAUGUCAACACUUCAGGUCUCCUGCCUGAGGAUGAAGGAAGUGCCAAGGAUCUUGGCCUGAGGUCCUACUUGCAACCAGAUGUGAUGUAUGAAGUAGGCAGCACAGAACCUGAGAAGCCAAGAGGGACAUGGGAGUUUGGCAGCCAGGAGGAUGUUCAUCCUGAGCUCUCUUUUGAGGACCAGUAUGUCUCAGACUUCAGUCCCAGUCCUGAGAUCCUGCAAGACCCUCUCGCUUUGUAUAAAUGCAGCUUUACCUCCGAUAAUGUAGAUGAACUAUCUGAGAGCUCCAAUCUCAGCCCUUCUCCUUGUGGUCCUUCUCCAAUCUGCAUCCAACUGGAGAUUGAACCUCGGAGUCUGCCUGGGGACAGUCUGGACUUCCUUGAAGAUCGAAAGUUUUCCUUGGAGUCAGGAAGAAGCCUGGAAAGUCAUGGACACAGUUCUCUAGAAAUUUCUCAGCGACUCUUAGACUUCCAAUCUCUGGAAGAUCUUCAAAAUUGUCCCAGCAUUGAUGCCGAGACUUGUCCAGAAUUGUCAUGGAUGGAGAACUUGGAACGAUCUCCUGAGGAGGAACCUCCAGCUGAGAUAGCUCAGCUUGCUUUGAACAACACUGAGGAAAGACUUUUGGAUUCGAGAAAGACAACACAGAUGUCCCAAAGGCGAGUUGGUGGCCAACUGGAGAAACGAACACGGAAGCUGGAAACAGAUGUACCCCAUGGGCUGUUGUCUAGAGGUCCAAGGCAGUCCAGGUCUCUGAGCCCUCAACGGAGGACCCCUCAGAAGAAAUCUGGACAUCUUGCUUUAAAAGAACUGGAUCGAGAGACUCAAUCAAACUCUGGAGCAAGGGACAUCACACAAUACGGCCGAGGACAGCUCAACUACCCCUUACCAGAUCUAUCCAAAGUGGAACCCCGGGUCAGGUUCCCCAAGGAUCGUGAAAGCUACCAUCCACCCCAAGGAAAGACUUCUCCAGCUAGUAGGAAGGAGGUUAGGAAGCUGGUGAUCUUUAAGUCUCCUGCUGAGAUUGUCCGAGAAGUCUUGUUGAGCAGCACUGAAGGAUCUCCUCAAAAAUGUCCCACGCCGGCCGUCUCCGUUAUUCCUGAGGAACUGAAGUCCCCCAGACAGGCGACUGAGCUGGUGCAUCAGCUUCAGGAAGACUAUCACAAACUUCUAACCAAGUACGCCGAAGCUGAGAACACCAUCGACCGAUUGCGGCUGAGUGCCAAGGUCCGCCUCUACAGCGACCCUCCGAAGCCCAGCCAGGCGGCCCCUGAAAUGGGGAGAAUAUCAGAGGGGUCCAAAGUUGUAACCUUCAGCAUCCCUCAAAUCAGGUCUGCUGAGAUCACAAGGCGGCCCAGCCAAGCGUCCAUGAGUGGUGAAGGCUUUCCCAGGCAGCAAGUACAACACUCAUCCUUGAACAAUUCCACAGUCAUCAGUUCUUCUGAAGCAGAUCAUCCUAUCUCCAGCAAAACGCCUUUCUUGGGUGAUCAUCUCACACGAUUGUUAGCUGCCCAAACAAGUAAAUUUCAGAUCCAGAUGGAAUUCUUGGAGGAUUUAAUUCAAACUGAUAGGCUGGAAGCCAUGGACCAGCUGAAGGGGUUUACAAGGCUGAAGGAAGCACAGGAAGCCUUGGAGCAAGCUUAUCUGCAGGCUCGGAAUAAGUACCAGGAGUUGAAUCCGAAUGGAGCGAUGGAGUCCUUAGGAGAAUUUGAUCCCAGCCGAGCAGUGGAAGGUAACAUUUUCCAUCUGGGCCUGCGUCUGGAAGGCUUGAAAGAGAGAAUGGAGCAGCCUGCGUGGAACCAACGGAUCGGACCAGAGAGUUCUCCACGGAGGGCCCCAUCACAUCCAGGCUUCUCAGUCCAGCUUUCUGAGGAACAAUUGGGAACCCCGACGCCUUCCGUCCAUGCCCCAGUCCCAGCUGUCUGCAUACCCUAUCCUGAGGCCUCCACCCCAAAGAAAAACAUCACUCAAGUCCAGCUGGAGGGGGACUUGAGUUCCAUCAGUGAUGGGGCUGGUGAAGAAGAAGAAGAUGAAGAAGGUGGGGAUUUCCUGGAGCUCCCCCAACCUUGCAAGCGCCAAGAGGAGGAGGAGGACCUGGAUCAUCUUCUGGACCAGUGCAGCAGCUUCAGAUCUUUGCCAGAGGUUCUGAGUCACAAACACAAUGCAGAAGAACUGGGCCGUGAAGCCACCGCAGCUGCUGGGACAAAGAAUGGGUCCCCGCAGAAGUCCUCUGAGGCUAAUAAAACUCCCCCUGCCUCCAAGGAACUUCACGAGAAGAACUCCAGAAAGGUCCAGCAGCCAACCCGCCAGAGCAGACGUUUGUCUUCCAUCCAAGCUGAAGCAGCUCUUCGUAAACCUGCAGAGAUCAACAGUCCCACCGUUGCUGUCCCCAAGACGUUCUCCAGAAAACAGCAGGCAGAGUUUUCACCUCAAAGCAGCAUGGCGAGUGUGAGGGGAAGCCUAGCAUCAGAACCUGCAGCUCCACAUUUACCCCGGAAGGCGAACACAACGUUGUGUGAGGAUCUGCGCAUUGUGUCUCCAGAGACAGACAGCGGUUUUGUGGGAUCAGAAACCAGCAGGGCAUCCCCUUUGGCACAGUUGCCCAAGCGCCAGUUGGCAAAGAUGAGGUCCUACAGCACCCCAGGACUAUCAUCUACGAUUGAUGAGCCUCCCUGCUCACCAUCCUCAAAGAAAGCACCAGGUGCAGUGAAGCAGUUGGGAUCCAACCAAUCACUUGGGCAAGUGAAGCCCGAGGCUGGGAGAAGCAGACGUACCUUGGUGAAAAGAAGCCCCCUCCAGAAGACCUCUCCUUGCAGGUGGACAAAUGAGAGGGAGCCCGAAGACAAUGAGAACUCUCACCCUGACUUCGAGACAGACACCGAGACCCACGGUGGUACCAGUCUGGAUGGUAGCCCCCCUCCUCGUGGGAGAGUUUCUCCCAGUCCCUCCCCAAUUUCUCCGAACCUGGCCCAGGCUCACCACAAGAACGUCCUUCACACACGCUUGGAGCGAGACGAAGCCAUUGAAGCUCUGCAAUAUGAAGUCUCUCGGUUGCGACGAAGUCUAGAAGAGUCUCUCCAUCGGCAGUCUUCUUCUCCCCACCCAUCUAUCAUCCAGGACCUGGUUCACCUUUAUCCAAGCAUCCCUCCAACAGGAACCUCAAGGAAAAGCGUGGUGGAAUACGAUGGGUCAUUUCUGGCGACUGAACCAAAACGGAGGAGUCAGAAGCCACCGUUGGCCCCACAUGAAUCCGAAUUGGACUUCACUCCUUCCGAGUCAGAUGACGCAACGUCAAAGUUGCAGAAUGGAAGACCCCAGCCAGCUUCCAGGAUAAGACCUUCCAAACAACGCACUGUCUGGGGACCUUACACAGGGACACAGUAUCCCAUUUCCACUCUGGAGUCUCAAGAGCCAAAGAGACUUGAAAACUCUUCUGUUGAUCCUCAGAAUGCCCAGUUACAUCACGGAGAAGACUCUGCAGUUCCCUUGCAAGGCAAGGAAACCAAAGGUUCCCCUACGGAUGGAUCCAGACCUUCUAAGCAAAGACUGACUGAAGGAUGGAUGUGUCCUUCGUGUAAGGAUUUGGCAAACUCCAGGAACAAAGACAUAGCCGGGGCAGGAGACCACAAGGAGAUUGCUCCAGAAGAAAUCUCUGGGACUCAACCAAAGUUUACCCACCACCAGCAACCAAAACAGGCAGGUCUUUGGUAUUGGGCGGUACCAUCUGCAGCUACCUCUAUGAAUUACAUCCCGGCUAUUCCCUUGGCACAGUGCCCACUCUCGUCCAUAAUCUAUUCUCCGCCACCGCUGACUACCUCAAUCUGCUCCUCGGCAGCUCUCCCAGCUUACGAUUCCAGCAGACGGCAAGCCUCAGAGUGGAAAACAUCACGGCAGCGUCUCCAGGAUCGUCCCUUUUGCUUCCCCUCCGCCAGUUUGGAAGACUUGAACUGGACUUUAAGCCGGGCUGUGGAAGCUGCUAAAGACAUGAAGUUCACCACCGAACAGAUGAAUCAAUCUCUCCGUUCGGCCCUAAAAAAAGCGAGGAAUCCCAGGACAUCUCAUCUCUUCUGAUGAGGAUGGACCAAGAGAUUGAAUGGAACGGGGACCAAUAAAAUGGACCGAGUGGCUUGCU